AUUUUUUUCGAAAGUGCUUGGAUCCGGCUGAAAUAAGGGCCAUCUUGUAGGGGGUACCCAUAGGGACUCUCAUACCAAGUUUGAGCGCAUUUGGUUGAAAACUGGCUUGUCGCUCGGGGGUUAAAGUUUACAUGGAAAUUACUAUGGGAAAUGCGCGAUUUUACUUCAAACGCUUCUACAAGCUAAGCGACAAACUUUAGUCCACACUUACACUAGGUAGCCGUGUCGGGGGUGGUCCAAGGAACAUUUUUCUCUAAGGGUUCAUGGUUAUACGUUCAACCCUGAGCUUGCGCAACGCAGAUUUAUCCGGCGGCGCCGGAUUCCUUCAAAAUCUUCGUUUUAUGGUCAACGCAUGCUACGAAACUAUGAAGCAUUGUGUAAAUAAAUGGCAAACACGACGCCAAACGUCAACCCAAUGGAAGCAGAAAACAACAGGCAAAUAUUCGUCAUACAGUUUCCUGUUGAAUGGGAUGGAGCUCAUGUCCACAUUUACGCUCAAAGGACAUGGUGCGGAAAAAGUUAGUCGGGUGGUGGUGUUCUUGUACGGGAAACCCCGAUCACUUCGGCGUCCGGUGGCAGGCUGGGCAAAAAGUCCUGUACGAGACACGGGAAUGAUUCCGACGCCCUUGAUGACGGUGACCACGGCCGAAUACAAGGAACGUGGACGACGAAGAUUUACUCAGUUCGACCGGUACACGAAGGUCGAGUAAAGUUGAUAGCUGUUCCAACGCGAUUCGUGUGGCAAACGAACAACGUAUUUCUAGAGCGUAUAUAGAGUUAGUGUUAGCUUAAAUAAAAGUGAUUCCAUGUUAUGUUUUAUGUUUUAGAUUGAAUAAAAUCCAUUGUUAGAGAAUUAUUUGUAUAUUUUCUUUUUACAUUUCAUUCCAAUUUGCUCCAAACUUCGAAGCGUUACCUCCAAAAUAACGCUCAUUUAGGGAAAUGUGGGCAGCAAAGCAGUUCAAUUGUCCGUGCUGCCGGUGGAAACUGUCCACCGUCGGGUUGAACAAGGCAUUCGAACUGAUGCAUCAUGUAUACAAUCGACUUGUAGCCAACAAGAUCCCCAACCGAUGCUCGUAACAUCGUAAGAAGCCAGCCGUGUGACAAAAAGUGAAGUGCAUUCGGG